AUGUACCAGGCACUACUCUGGACCUUCCUCAGGAUCUUCCCGGAACAUCAGCUCAAUACGAUUUGGACAACCAGUGUCGUCAAGUUUUUGGCAAAGAGUUCUGUCACUGUCCUAACACCAGGCCAGAAGAUAUCUGUGCCCAGCUCUGGUGUAAACUCCAAGAGGAUCAAGCCUGCCACACCAAAAAUGGCAGCCUUCCCUGGGCUGAUGGGACACCCUGUGGGGAUAGCCGCGUUUGCUGGGAUGGAGUCUGUCUGGAAGAUGAGGAUGUUCUUAAACCAAAGGGUUCCUUUGGAUGGAAACUGGGGACUUGGGGUCCCUGGGGCGAAUGCUCACGGAGCUGUGGAGGGGGUGUACGUUUUUCCUAUCGAGAUUGUAACAAUCCAGAACCUGAGAAUGGUGGCAAGUACUGCCAAGGCCAGAGAGCCAUCUACGAAUCAUGCAACACCCAGGAGUGCCCCUUGCAGGGUAGGCAUAUUACCAUCUACCUGCUUUCUCCUGACUUACUACCCUAAAGUACAAUUAAAUCCUAAACUAAUAUUUCUCUCUCCUGUCAUAGUCUGUACCUAG